AAAGUCUUUUUGAAGUUUGGCCGUUCGUGUUUAUAUACUUAUCUCUAAGUUAUGUGUUAUUAAUCUUGAGACAAAUCACUUGAGCUCCAGUCUAAAAGCAAUUAACGAGUGGCUAAAAUGGAGUCCGAGAGCGAACCUGGUCCUAUAAGCAUGAAGACCAAGACUUUACUGUCUCACCUGAAGUCCAAAUAUGCUGAUAAAUCUUGGAACGAGACCGUUCAGCUGGUGCGGAGAUGCAUGGAAAAAACAAAAGGAGACGGUAGAGUCUGUGAGCCAGUCGCACAAUGUCUUCAGAAGAUCAACGAGGCGCUCAACGUGUCCUCCUUGACCGUAAUGGUGUCCAGACUAGAGAUGAUUGCCAAGCAAAGAGGAUUGGGGUCACAUAUGAGCCCCACAGAGACGGUGUGUUACCUGACAGCAGACCUGUUUUACGUCGAGGUGGUGCUGCUGCCGGGGGGAAGAGUGGAAGAUGUGAGGGUGGCCCAUCACGGCGAAGCUCCUGAGUCCAGCCCAUCACUCCUCCAGUUGUUGAGGAUGAAGAAAUUUCAAGAGUUCUCUCUAAAGUUGGAAGAUCUUGCCUCUUUUUAUAACAUCCCAGGAGACAGUGAUGUCAAGAUUAAAACCUACGCCUCUCUUAAGCACCUGGAAACCGAUCUCUUCAAAAUAUCCCAUUUACCAAGGUCUUUGAGAGAAAGUGACCUUCACGUUGACCUCAUUAUGAACGGCAGGAUUGGGAACAUCCAGCCAGGCAAAGAGGGAACUCCAAUGACCGUCGAGUACUACAUUAGUCCAUUAGAUGUUCUCAUGGGGUUGUCAAACACAGGUGAGGUUAGUGGUGGGCAGAUUGCUCUGGUAACAGUGGGAAGCAGUGACGCCUCUCACAGGCUGCAGAGGGAGUCGCUGAUCUCUUGUCCACCUCAGGUCGACUCUCUCGGGUUUCCAGUGUUUCAGCCGCUCACUGAAUCCUGCUCUGAAUUACUCCCUGCCACCUUUCUUUUCAAACUACAGCCGCCGUUACCUAUGCUUAUUUCCUUCAUAGACAAAAUGGGCAGAGUCACAGAUGGAGUUAUAGCUGAGAAACCCCAGCAGGUGGAGCCUCUACCUCAACUUCUCAUGAAGACCAGCAAAACGCUGAACUCCAAGAUCUCCUGGACAGAAAGGGUUCAGUUUGUUGUGCCAUUGCCUGCCUCGGAGUACCACAGUUAUGUGUUCCCUGGGGCCGAAUGGGGCAGAGAGUCCUGGAAAGGAGCCUUAAUUCACACAGUCCCCUUCACACACCCCGGCCACGUCCCUGCCUUACUGGAUCUCCUUCGCCAUCAGUCUGCCAUCAACGUCCUGCUGGCAAGCUGCUUCAGUGACCACAGCCACCACAUAGAUACUGGCUUACUUUAUGACCUGAGAUGUGAGAUCCUUCCAGAAUCAGACCACUGCCUUUCUGUUACAUUCAGCCUUGAUGAUGACAACCACCUGGCUGUUCUUCAAGUGACUGUGGUGGACUCUCAUCAGAUGAGCUGCAGACUUCUGAUGCCUAAUUUUGUGGAUCAUAAAUUGGACGACUACAUAUCCAGGGUCCUUAUGCGAUGCAUGUCCGUUCCCAUCACGAUGAGGGCCAUACGCAGGAAAGUGACGCCUCCCUCCUUACCUGCAGCCGACCCAGAGUCCUCUGCUGCGAUGGAGAGCACUGAUCAGUCUGUUCCUGAUAUCAUCAGCACCGUCCGCCCGUCUGCCUCCGUCUCCUGUGAUGCCGCUGAGGAUGUGAUCAUGGCCUCUCCUCCUCCAGUCUACUAUCUCAUGUCUGUUGGUGACCCAGCGGCUGAUAAUGUGAAUACAGAUGCAGUUGCUAACUGUUCCCCCUGUGCUUCUCUGGGUGUGUAUUCACACUGGGCGACCAGUGGACUUCCUCCAGAGCUUCUAUAGUGCGAGGAGAGGUUUUACUACAGAGAAUUUUAAGAGAUUUCUUACACCAUUUUAGUGUAAUCGUUAAUAAAAAAUAAAAGUUAUCUUAAAAGCUUAUAGAAAGCGGCUUUAUCCCGUGAAUUCAAGUCUGACUACUAGAAAUCAGAGCUGUUCCUGGUCAUAUUGUGCAUGAUUUAUCAUGCACUUGUUGCAUUUAUUUUAAAGAGGGGAAAAAAUACUUAUCUUCAUUAUUCACUGAAUCACAGAAUAGUCUUUAUUACGAAACCAACUGCCAAAUGCAGCAUUUUUAAGUGCACUUAUUUAUUAUUAUGCAUGGAUCACUUCCAGAAGCUGGCUAGUGGUUGUCUAUGGGACACCCUUAGUAUUUCUGCCAGGGUCCAAAAUUAACAAUUUUAAUGUGUGAAAAUCUGCUAUGGCAAGUAUUUGUGCUCAGCGAACGAGAUGCUUUAGAUUCUCCCUGUGGUUUUCCACCAUAAGUUAUGUUAACUCAUUCCUACAGUUUCAUAAGUAAAAUCUGCUUGAAUGUGGUGUUCCAUAAAUUUUCUUGUCAUUUCAAUGCUUAAGCCGCACAAUGAAUUAUUCUAAUUGUAUAAAAUAAAACAUCCAAGUGCCAUUUUAAACCUAAGAAUAUUUUUAAAAAGGCAUAUUAAUACAUGUAGCUUCAAGGAACAUUUUCCGUAUGAUAAUGUGAAGCACAUGCAGAGCAUCCAAGUUCAGUUAAUACAUUGACACAACUA